AAUUUUUCGUUUUAGUUUUAUAUCCGUGGUUGGUGGUAGUGGGUUCGUGGCAGAUAGCCGUGAAAAUUUAACUUAACCCGUCUAAGUCGUCGUAAUUUUGCCGCGAUUAUGUAGAUUUCUUUAAAAUAUUUGGAGUGUGGUUGUUAAAAGUAUCUUUGUAAAAUGUCUACAGUUCUUCUUGCUGUAAUUGCAGUUAUUCUGUGUGUGCUUUUUCGAAUACUCAAUGUGAAUAGUCAACCUCACAAGCCAGUUAUAUACGGCAGAGAUAGAAAUUUUAUUGAAAAUAUUCUAUUCAUUGCACCAUUUCUGAAUGAACCUUACAUUCCAACCCGAUUAUGGGGAUUUAGUGGGCAUGUACAGACCAUUCUUCAUAGCCUAAUAGGUCGUGUGCGAUGCCCAUGGCCUAUUGGAGGAAGAAUUUCCUUAGUCUUGCCUGACAAAUCAACUCUAACCUAUGAUCUGUAUGAACCCGUAGGAGCAGAACAUGAAGAUGACGUGACCGUGGCAAUAUGUCCCGGCAUCGGCAAUACGUCGGAGAGUGUGUACAUCCGCACAUACGUGCACUAUUCGCAGAGACACGGCUAUAGAUGUGCUGUUCUCAACCACAUCGGUGCGCUGAAUAGCGUGCCAGUCACCGGCGCUAGAAUAUUCUCGUAUGGUCACACCGAUGACUUCAACUAUAUGAUAGAGAAUUUAUUGGAGAGAUAUCCUAAUACGAAACUGAUAUUAGUUGGAUUCAGUCUCGGCGGUAAUUUGAUAACGAAGUAUCUCGGCGAGGAGAGGAAGAGAGCCAAGAAUAUAAUAGGCGGUAUAUCGAUAUGUCAGGGAUACAAUGCCAUCGAUACGAUGGUAUAUCUUCUUCAAUGGCAAAACUUCCGUCGAUUCUACCUUUACAUAAUGACGGAUAACUAUCGAAACAUCAUCACGAGACAUAAGCGUAUGCUUCUCAGUCCAGAAAUGAAGAGCCGAUAUACGCUAGACGAAAACACGAUCGUGUCAGCUGGAACUUUGCCUGACUUGGAUGAGGCUUAUUCGAGGAAAGUGCAUGGCUUCAAUUCGGUAACGGAGUUGUACAAAUGGAGUUCGUCGGCCUUCUACCUACAAAAUAUAAAGACACCAAUGAUAUUUAUAAACGCCCGGGAUGAUCCGAUUGUACCCGAACCGCUACUGCCUCACAUCAGAGAAUUUGUCAGCUCCCACGACAAGGCGAUGUACCUAGAGCUGUCUCACGGCGGCCACCUCGGCUUCUACGAGGGCGGGCUGGUGUACGCCAACCCCGUGACGUGGCUGGACCGCGCGCUGGCGGCGCUGGUGGGCGGGCUGCUCAUGGCGCACCACAAGUGCGAGCCGCGCGACGCGCUGUGCGAGCCCGGCGCGCGCUGCGACGAGCCCGACCUCAUCAAGUCCGCCACCAUCAUAUACCGCGACCCGCUCGACAAGCCCGCCCUGGACGCGUAGACUCGAUCUCUAGUAAGAAAUUGUCUGUAGAUAGAUGUUGACGGGUUAGUGACGACGAGGGGAGUUCGUGUCGAUAGGUUUAUGUUCCUAUUGAGGAGAUUUAAAUAUUCCUAUAUUAUUCCACAUGUGUAUGUUUGAAGUUCACUUUUGUUUGUGUUUUAAACAGAAAGUCGUGUUUGAUUACUGAUUGCAUUGAUAAAAAGAACCAUAUUAAUUUAUAUCGCUACAGUAUUUAUUGUAAUUGUUUUUAAUAUUUUGGUGUAAUAUUAAUUUCAUAUGUGAUGUUUUAUAGUGAUAGCGCUUUCUGAUUAUUUCGAAUGAAAAUCUAUUUUCCAUUGAACAAUGGUGAUGUUAUUUACGUUCCAGUGUUGUGUAUUACUUAUACGUAACGCGUACUUAUGAGUUUUAAGAUGAACCACGUGAGGUUUUAUAUUUUUAGUGAAGCCGAUUUAUAUUAUUUGCAUUUACUUUAAUGUAUUAUUUAUUAAUAUAUUUAUAUAUUAAUAACAUAACGACGUGUUCAAUUCGGGUAAAACCCUAAAUAUAAAUUUAACUUAUGUGUUUGUGAUUUCUAAGUUCAUACAAUAUGUUUUUAGUGUUAUAAGAUUUGGGAUGUAGAUUUAUAGUUGUUAAAAUAUAUGUCCAGCUUCAUCUAAAGACAGAAAACACGUUAGGCGAAUUGUUCGUAACAAUUUGGCAUAUUACUUAUUCGUUAUAUAAAUGAUUAUCUUCAAACAAUAUAAAAUCCUAGUACAUUCAAAUAGAUAUUAAAAAAAUUUUUGUAAAGUUAUUCGACGUAUUUUGUUACCGCCUUUAUUGGAUAUAAAGUCAUACCAUUUGUGAUAUUACCAAACGACAUUUAUAAUAUGAUGGAAUUAAGUGCCUCUAUCACAUUCGAAAUUAUGUAAAUUAUUUUAAAAAAUAUCAAUUAAAAUUAGUGAUUAAGACAAAAGCCUUUUAUAAUUUGAUUUGAUCAUUAAAGGGCAACAAUUGAUCAUUUGUAGUUUUGAGAAUUGGUGCAAUAUUUUAGAGAAAUAUUUAGAUGAAAAUUGUCGGAAGUAUAAAAAUUUGUAAACCCUUUAAAAAGUGAACUUAGCAUGACUGCAAUUUUUAUAAACAGUUUAUUGGAAAAAAAAUGUUUUUAUAUUAGUUUUUGAGGUGCUUAACAUAUAGAACUUUAUAUAUAUAUAAAUAUAUUAUAUCCGCAUAAUUCUCCAAUUUUGUUAUUAAUUUAUUAUGUUACCAUGUUUAUGUUACAUAGUACAAAUUCAAAGAUAAGCACAAAAUUUAAGCUAAGUGUUUCACCAAAAUUAGCUUUUUCUCUACUAUGU